CAACAUUAUUGCAUAUGUCAGAAAAUGGUAGAAUUGCCGUAUUUGUCAUCUGCUGAAAAAUAAAAUAAAUCGUCUUAUACCGAAACUUUAAUCUCAAUUUUGUAAGAUGCAACUGUAAACCUUUCGCUAUGGCACAGAAUUUACAGAAAAAGCCCUCAAAGGGUAUAUUAAAAACCUCAAGAAGCGUCGAUGGGCAAGACGGAGCACCUUCUACGAGUAAGAGACCGAAAGAGCAGAGGUUUGACGAAAUGAAUAUUAUGGAGACGUUUCAUCCUGCCGACAAAGAUUACGGCCAUAUGAAAGUGGACGAGCCUAAAACUCCUUACUCAGAAGCGAUAGACGGCGACUUGGAGCCGGCGGACGAGUUGGACGCAAACAUAUUGGCGGCAAAGCUCGCGGCAAGCAUGAACAAGCCGCCCAAGUGCGUGGAGCCCUGUGACAGCGACGAGGAGAUGGACGAGCCCGAGGAGGUGCGGCAGCGGCGCCUCGAGUUUGAAAAGAAACGGAAAAUGCACUACAAUGAAUUUCAGGCGUUACAGCUGGCGCGGAAGCUGAUGGCGCAGGAGGAGGAGGAGGAGGAAGAGGACAAGGAGACUCGCUCCGCCACCUGACUGCCGCCCGCCGCCCCGCCAGCGCCAGCGCGGCCUCGCUGUACAUAACACGGACCAUCUCAAGCUGGAUUUCAUCAAAUAUUAGUUCCAGCUUUCGCAGACAAUAUGUCGUAUAUAAGUUGGUACUUAUGCCAUAGGCGUUGUGUUCCUGAACUUGGCUGUAAGAAAAUCGUGUGUGCGUUAGAUUAGUUUUAUACGACGGAGUUUCAUCCGUGUGUUAUAUGAAAAAUUUGCAUUUUUAUUUCUAUAAAGUGUUCCCGUCAAGUCUCGCGAGGACUCGCCCGGCGAAUGUUCAGUGCGACGUUACUAAUGUUAAGGAAAUUAUUUACAAUCAAGAUGUGCAUGGUUCAUUUAUAUUUACAAUUACAAAUUUGAUUAGAAUUGAUACGAAAUACUGUUACGGAAAUAUGCUUGGACAUUUCAUUGAUUUAUUAAUACUUUCAUUAUGCGAUAGCGCUUCCAAAUUUAAAUAAGAUUUUUAUAAAGGGUAGGGGUAAUUGAUAUUACUCAAUGAAUUAACUUACAGUAAAAGGACAUAGUAUUGUCCUGCACAGCCGACAAGAAAAAAAAUCGACCAGCUAAGGUAGACCUCCUUAAGGAUUUAAUGACGAUUUACAUGAGGUUGUGAGCUAAUAUUAAAGAAAGUUUUGUCACGAUUAAGCUAUGUUCACAACAAACUUAUGUCACUCAGCCGCGAGGACUUAGCUCGUGUAAAAUCGUCGCAAACUCUUAGUUCACAAUCAACUAGAUGUAAGGUAACGACUGAUCCGUAGUGUGUACGCAUCCUUAGGGAGGUCUUCUUACAGUGGACUUAUAAAUUUAACUCGUGUGAUGUAUUCGCCCCAACAUGUUGACUGAAACUAGUCGGUAAUUUGUAAUACAUGUCUUUUUCAAUAUUAAAACAUGGUUGAUUUGUUUUCUUUCAAAUUCUAGGUAUAGUUUUUAAAUGUAGAUGGCCUUAAUGGGAAUAAUUAAUGCAAGAACUUCGGAAGAGUUCUUCCAAUCAUUUUCAACUACGCAAUGCACUGUAAAUUAAUUUAUAAGUAUAGAAGCGGCUAAGAAAUUAGCCGAUUGAAAUAUUUUGGCUAUAUGUAUUAUUAUAAUUGAGAGAAAAUUCUAAUGUGCAAAUUAAUAAAAAAACCUUAUGACUUUGAAAGUGAAAAAUCCUGAAAUAUUUUAUUUUUGUGCCAAAUUGAAAAGCAAAAUUAUAAACCUACAAAUUAUAUCAUAGACAAGUUGUAAAACAUUACGUUUAUAGUUUUAUAUAUUAAAUGCAAUUAUGUAAUGACUUAACAAGAGUAUAUAUAGAUUAACAACAGAAGAGAUGUAAGUUAUGUUGUAUAGACUAUGUAAAAUUCCUUUACUACGGCAUAGGAAUUAAAAAAUAUAUUACAAUGUUUCUAACUUAAGUGCGUUUAUUGUUUUUUUUCGAGUAAACGUCUUUAUAAACUUAUAUUUACUAAUUGAGUUAAUUUUUUAUUUACAUUAUGUACUAACACUAAUCGCUUCCGAUGACAAUUUAAUACAGACUGGAUAUCAUUUGA